AUGUCGGCAUCAAGCGAUGAGAGCUCGGGAGAGAACAGCAGCAACGACGGAGAGAGCGAGGCGGAAUCUGGUUCGAGCUUUAGCUCAUCAGACGAUGAGAGCGGCUCCGGUAGCUCGUCUAGCGGCAGCAGCAGUUAUAGCCGGAGCAGUUCUGGGGAGGACGACGACAACGACAGUAGCAGUGACGCUAGCGGUAGCCCGGGAAGCACCGAGGAGGAAGAGGAGGAGGAAGAAGGAGCUGAAGACGAUGAGAAGGAGAGGCGGCUGGCCAGGAAGCGAGAAGACUUCGAGAAGAUGAAGGAACUCUCUACCCAUAUGGACAACGUCGUGCAACGCCUGGCCACCUAUUUUCCCCUAGACGGCACAGAAGGAGAACCGAAAACAGACGUUGUUCCCCCUUCUGCUGCGCCCGAGUUGCCCCCACUACCACUGCCGUCACCUGAUAAUGCAAGGGAUCGGUACGUUUCUGCGAGAGUCUUGACGAUGGACCGGGCUGUGUCGGCAAGGCGACUGAUGAACGACCGGGCUACUUCUGUUGCCAGCGGCCUGCACUUCGACGACGAGCUCUCAGGCUCGACAGCAUCAUACGGCAGGCAUGGGGAGGAUGAACAGCACGCGGAGCGUCGGGGCGCGGGGGGGCGUGGGCAACGGGGUACGAGCAGGAGACAGAGCCAGAGCCGUGCAGACUCGGAUAGGCGGGGGAUGGAUACGGACGAGCCUGCGGGGAGUCGAAAACACGAAGCAGAAGGACCGGACGCUGCAGAACACCGGAAGGGGACAACAAGCUCCUGGUCUAGGAAGGAUAGAAGUGCCAGCGUUGUCGAUAAGGGGCUAGGGCUCAAACUAGAGUCGAGCGGAGGGGAGAUGAGGUCCCGGCCUCCUCCAGGCAGAGCAGGUGCAAACUUGGGCUUUGAAGAUUCGCACGAGCGUCUUCUGUGGGAUGAACUCCGCGAGACCUUGGAAGGGGUCGCCGGAAGCGAUGCUGUGCCGCCGGCGUGGGGACAUGGUGCUGCGGUUGAGAAAGCACGAGCGGACAGGGCUCACGAGGAGCAGCGGCGGCGACUCAUAGAUGAAGCUAUUGCUGUUUUGCUAGAGGGUAGUAGUAGUAGCAGCGACAGCAGCAGCGAGGACGAGAGAAUAGACAACGGCGACGGUUGA